AUGAAUUUGAACACUUUCAUCGACGAUCUCAAUAAAGACAAAAUAGCAUACGUCUAUAUUCUCUUUGUUCUAAUUUUUUGCGUCCUCAUUCUGGUAUUAUUUCCAUUGUAUGUGUAUGUCUUCAACAUCAAUCGCAAUCAGGAUAAAAAUACGUUCCUAUUUCCAAUAAUCAAUCUUUUCUUCAAAAUGAUCAAGGUUACUUACAUUUUACUAUCGCUAUUAGUUAUUAUCUUGCCUGUGAUAAUUAUAUUGUCAUCCUGUUUUCUGAAUUUCAUCCUGUUUCUACUAUUCUACACCCUUAUCCAAGUAUUUCACCUAUUAACAUUCCUUCUUGCACUUGAGAGAUUCGUUAUCUACUUUUUCCCGUCAACUGAGAAAUGUGUGUUGAAGGCGCAAAGGUUUAUUGAAAAGAAUAUAAAGUAUAUAUAUUGGCUACUAUUUUUUAAAGACACAUUUCCCUUAUUUUAUUAUUUCGCAUCGGACUCGGCGAUUGUUCAGAAAAAACGAAUCCAUAUAGUGGACUGGUGUUUGAUAUCCUAUUACACUAUCUUCAUAUUGUGUUUUGCUGCCAGCAUUCUGUAUAUCCCAAUACUAAUUAGUGUUCGGAAGCGCGCUUAUUUGCCCUCAUUCCGUGAGAACAAACCCCAAAAGUGCAUUUUCUGGCAGACAAUAACUAUAGCUUUUGUUAAAAUCACUCCGAUAUUGAUGCUCAUUGGUAUAAACUCAUAUUAUACUGACUUCUACACUUGCGCAUUAUUCUUCGCUCUAGCCGACAUGUUCGUAACACCUAUUAUGGUACAACUGUGCUAUUUGGGAUGUAACAAGAAAAACUUAAAUUCAUUGAAGUCUUCAUUCGAAUUGAAAAAGUUUAUAAGGGUCCUAUGUGGUGGUGCGGAGCCCGUUGUGCAUCCCCAGAUUUAUUCGAUUGCCCACACACAACUGGUCAAUGCACCAUGUCUUGCAACUUAA